AACAAGUGCAGCGAGUUGUCCCCGCUGCCGAGGUCCAAUCACCAACAGCAGCAGCAGCAGCAGCAGCAGCAACAGCAGCAGUAACAACAAGACGAACGAAACGACCCAGUCGACCGUGUAGUUCUCGUUUGCGAAUACCAUGGCGGUACCGGCCCAGCUCAAAGCAGUCCAGCACCACCUGCGGACCGCCCAAGAACACGAGAACCGCGACCCUGUGGUGGCUUACUACUGCCGCCUGUACGCCAUGCAGACGGGAAUGAAGCUGGACAGCAAAACUCCCGAGUGCCGCAAGUUCCUCGUCAAGCUCAUGGACCAGCUUGAGUCGAUGAAGAUGGAGUUGAGCGACAACGACUCCAUCACUCAGGAGGUGGUGGGCAACGCCCACAUUGAGAACUACGCCCUCAAGAUGUUCCUGUACGCCGACAACGAGGACAGAGGGGGACGAUUCCACAAGAACAUGAUCAAGUCCUUCUACACGGCCAGUCUGCUGCUGGACGUCCUCUCCGUCUUCGGAGAGUUGUCAGAUGAGAACAUCCAGCACAGGAAGUACGCCCGCUGGAAGGCCGCAUACAUCCACAACUGCCUGAAGAACGGCGAGACGCCCGAGGCCGGCCCCACCGGCAUGGACCUGGACCAGGAAGCGGAUGGCGAUGAAGGUUUCUCGGGUCACGCCUUCUCGCAGGGCGGCUCCUUCCGAGCCUCCUCUGAGGACGCGGGCGGGGCCGCGGCGCCGGGCAUCGGCUUCACGGCGGGCUCCGAAUCGGGACCGUCGGGACCCCCCUCCAACUUCGGCAAUGUCCACGUCCCCCCUGGCGCGCACGCCCCCGCCAACACGCCGGCAGGUAGCCACGGCCACCUCAGCGAAGGGUCGGACGGUCGCUCACGCGUGUCGUGCGACUCGACAGACGCCGUCAAGCCGGUGCCGACGCCCAGGACCACCGCGCACGCCGCCGACCUCCCGACGGGCCAGCAGCAAGGUGACGUCCGCCUCUCGGCCGAGGACUUCACCAAGGCCCAGAAGUACUGCAAGUACGCUGGCAGUGCCCUCCAGUACGAGGACGUGCCCACGGCUGUCCACAACCUCCAGAAGGCCCUCCAACUGCUCACCACUGGAAAAGAAUGACUCCUUUGUCUGUCUGUCUGGCUGCGUCUAUCUGCACCAUCUCAUCAGCUCUACACGCGCACACAUGCACGCACGCACGCUCGCACGCACGCACGCCGGCUGGCCGCCAGCAGCUUGGAUGGAGACGGCAGCUCAACAACGGCCGCCUGUGUGCGCCCGCUCUAAGUCUCCAUCCCUAUUACGGAACGUGCUGAGGAGGCGACCGCCGGCCGGCACGUGGAGCUUCCUGCCCGCAGGGGGCGCCGUGCGCGCCGCUCUCGUUUGUCAACACCCGAGCGUGACGUUAGCAACUGCACUGGCCACACUUCUUCUCCCUCUAACGAGCUAACCACUUGCCGGCGUGAUUUGUUUCCUUCCCUUUGCAGAUGUUCCAAAUAAAUCCACCUGAGCGGUU